AUACAAACAAAGCAUAGACCUGAUGGCUGCCAUCUGCCCUGAAACAAGCCCUUUAACAUCUCAGGCUCGUCUGGGUAGCAGUCUCCCUGCACCAAAGCAGCUACCAAUCUACAAGCAACAAGAAUAUUCUUCAGAGAAGAAAUCCCACCCACCUAACUUAUCGCUAGUGUCGACGAAUGAGAUUGGCCCCAGUGAGUCCCCUAGUCUUACAAGCUGGUAUGCACAAAGGGAACCUCCCCUAUCUCCCCUCGAUCAGAUACGCCCACUCACAAAAUUCCAACCCUCGCUCCGCCCAUUUUCCGAACCAUGGAUGCUUGAGGAAGACGAGGAGCAGGAGGGUGAGAGAGACGAUCAGGUUUCAUCACUUGAUUUUAAAUCCAGGCCCCGCCUCACUCCAGACCCGAGUGAUUUCCAACGCUUCAAAGGCGACUCUUUAUUAAGUUUUAGCUAUAGCCACUCUUCCUCUCUCCUUCCUGAUCUCACGAAUGCUGCAAGUGGGAGCUCCUUUAUCUCAGCCUUUUCGCUCAGCGCAUCUCUCAACGCUUCCUAUCUUACCUCCCCUAACAAGGACAAGGAUAAUUCAUUCCUCUACCCCACUGCUGUCCGUAAUCCGAAUAAAGCUCUCCUUACGAUAAAUGCUACGACUUCUCAUAUUCUUGUUGCAAAUAAAGUCGCCGGUCAGCUUUUUCAGUACCCGCAGAGUAAGCUUGUCGGGAUGAAGAUUGAGGAACUUUUUGAUGAGCCGUACCAGUCCAAGCAAAGAGCACUAGUGGAACAGAAUAUUAAAUUGUCAGGAGAGACUGUCCUUAUCAGUGGAAAAGUGAUGGAUGCUGUUUCGUCCAGUGGGUUCAACUUCCCAGUAUCUGUGUGGAUGAAGAAGGUUUCCUCUGGCGACAGUCCUCGGGUUAUUGUUGUCAUAGAGCCAGUAGAGAGGUGCUCAGCUCAUUUCACCAUCAACUCAGAGGGUUCAUUAGUUUCAUGUGAUCCUUCCUUUGCUACCUUAUUUGGUCAUGAUGAUGUGAGAGACAUCAUCAACAAGCCCCUCUCAUCUCUUAUACCUCUUGUAGUCCUCCCCCCCAAAGAAAAGGAAGAUCAGAGAAAAGUUCAAGGCUUUCAGUGCCAGUCAUUAACUGGUCGUACUAAGGACGACACCCCCUUCCCGCUCACCGUCCAGUUUACUAAAUAUCCCCAAUCACCUUUAACCGUUAGACAUGUACAUGUGAAGUCAGAGGACUCAAAAUGGGUGGAGGUAGUAGGCAGGGAAGGAGGAGGCAUGGCUAGCCCCUCCCCCUCGCAGUUGAUGGAGGGUAACGUGACAGUGUAUGCGUCUUUGAGUGGUAUGAUUAGCUUCUUUCCUACUGGAGCUAUUCACGGCUGCAAUCAUCAUUUUAUGUUAAUGCUGUUGGGAUAUACUCAAGAGGAGCUAGUGGGAAAGGACAUAAGUACCCUAAUCCCUGACUUCUACUCUCAGUUUGGCGUCAAUCAUCCUCAGGAUAUUUCAUCUGAUCCUCUUCUCUCCGACGAAGAUGACGACGACAGCAACAUUGUAUUCCCAUCAGUCUCCGAGAAGACGGUCUCGCUGGAUUGCAACUUUGAUCCAACGCAUCUCCCAAGCAUAUCGGAAGACGUGUUCCUCGAAGAGGAUGAGGGGACAAAGGAAGCGGGUGUGGUCAUACAGUUCCUGCCUGGCGCCGUUUCAAUCGGUGAACAGAUUUAUAAUUAUUCAUCGUCAAGUUCAGAGGAAGGAGAGAUCAGAGAGAGAAAGGAAGAGAGAGAGGGUGAGAAAGAAAACGAGAAAGUAGUUGUCAUUAGUAAUGAAACUUGUUCUGUCACUGACGCACAUGUGCAAGUGUCUUCGGAGCAAGGUAGUUCCGAAAUAUCUCAGACUUUGGAUCUGAAACCAGAAGAGGAGGAUUCUGAUGCUUGCAUUGUCUCAUUAAAACUAGAAUCACUUUUAAUUGGACGACCAGAGCCUGGUACCGGGCUUGAGAUCUCAAGUUUAGGAUCUGAUACCCGUACCACUGAGCCUGAUACCCAUAUCGCUCAGUCUUGUACUCACGAUUCUCAGUUUGAUUCCCGUACUUCUCAAUUUGAAACUCAUACCACCCAGUCUGAUGCCCAUGCUUCCCAAUCUGAUACCCUUACUGAUACAUGCACAUGUAGUACUCAGUCUCAAACUGCCACAGUUGCUAAUUCCGGGUCUCAUAAUAUUACUGAUUCUGGUUCCAAUAGUGAGACAAUGCCACAGAUUACCAUACAGCAUGGUACUCCUAAGAAAUCGGUAGAAGUUGGAGUUUUUGAUCGGAGUCUCCAGCAGCCCUCGGCUAUUUCAACUCCUCUCUAUUGUGGCUCUAGGCCCGUGAGUCGUCUCAGUUCAACUGCAUCUGUUUUUGAGGGAGUAUUCACUGGCUCUGCUAAGCAUAAAGACGGAUCAUUGAUACCUAUUGUAUUCCAGUUGAAGCAGAUAAUGCUAGGAGAGGAUGACAUCUUACAUUGUAUCUGGCUGUCACACGAUCACGAAUCACAGUGUGUCAGGGCCACUGAUUUCUCUCGUACUACACCUGAUCCAACCGGAAGGUUUUCUCCAGACUUUGCUUCAGAGCAGCAGGAGGAUCAUGCUGCUCGUUCCGGGGAGUAUGAUGCAAAUUAUGAGACCCUACGAUCCCUUGGUCGCGGAGCCUUUGGAUUCGUGAAACUUGCUUCGAAAAGAGACAACGGGACAUUGGUCGUAGUCAAAUUUAUUUGUAAAGCGACGGUGAUACCAGAGCACUGGGUCAAGCAUGAAGUGAUGGGGUUGGUUCCUUUAGAAAUAUGUGUACUGGCAGAACUCUCUCAUCCUAAUGUUGUACAGUUACUAGAAGCGUAUGAGAAUGUUCAUUAUUUCCAGCUAGUGAUGGAGAAGCAUGGUGACGGUAUAGACCUGUUCACAUUCAUUGAAGGAGGACCAACACUGGACGAACCGCUCAUCAGCUAUAUGUUUAGACAAGUAGUCGCAGCAUUGUCAUAUCUUCACGAAUUAAAGAUUCUACACCGUGAUGUCAAGGAUGAAAACAUUAUCCUCGAUCACCAGUUUCACCUCAAGCUCAUAGACUUUGGAUCAGCUGCAUACAUGAGGGAGGGUCACCUCUUCAACACGUUCUGUGGCACACUGGAAUACUGCUCACCCGAAGUGUUACUUGGUAACAGUUAUGCUGGCCCGGAGCUAGAGAUGUGGUCGUUAGGAGUCACACUGUACACGUUAGUUUUUGGAGAGAACCCAUUUUUUGAUGUCGAGGAAAUCAUCGCUGGUCACUUGAAACCACCAUGCCUUGUAUCACCAGGGUUAAUGAAGACACAGUUGCGGCUUCUUCAUCCUGAUCCCAAGUCCAGAGCAACUCUGCCUGAUCUUCAAGCUGAUUCAUGGGUCAAUCAACCAGUGGAUAUCAAUAAUUAUUCUUUUAGUUCCGUCGUCAAAGGAGGUGUUAAGGCUGAGCAGCAAAGCGACGACCAGUUGUCAAAAUUAUCUGAUAAUUUUCGAAGGCAAAAUCUUUUCCCCAGAUCAUUCACUUAGUGUAAUAUAGAAAUUCUCACAACUCCACAUUAAUUAUUAUUUAAUAGUCCACACAGGUCAUAUUUAAAAAGCUAUUAUGUUUUAUUGUUCAUCAGUACCUUUUUUAAUACUUAAAA